AGUUGUUCGUUGGUAAUUCGAAUUCAUGCAUUGCAAAUUCAUUCUUUCCAAAACACAUAGUCGACUGCUGGUGGUGUAUCCAGUCUCUACCGACUUCAUCUAUCUAUCUUAAUAGAGACCACUUACAACAUGGACCAGUCAUUGUCUCUUAUAUCAGCCACUGUACAGAUCACAGAUUCGGGUUUAGCCCUGGUCCAUAUUCCGCUGGAUUUAUAUCCCUUCUUUGUGCAGCCGCUUUUGCGUCUGCUUUAUUGCGACAUCCCUGCGAUCAACAAGCUCGCAGAGGAAGAAGGUGAAGAUGUAGACCGCGCCAGCCUUACUCCUUUCAAUCUCGGCUUCAUCAAUUUCUCAGUGACCCCUGUCGAGUGCUCCGUGGUAUGCUCUCGUCAACUGGCAGAGCGGUUCUUCACGCCGCUGGCAACGAAAUUCAACAAGCUUGCUUCGUCGAAUCAAAAAGUUUGGAUUAGUGACGAUGACUUUAUUGCCAUGCAAGUUGAAGGUCAAGGCUUGGACGCUGGCCGACGAGUCCUAGAGUUAACCGGCCCUCUUGCUCUCGCCGGAAUAUCUAUCUUUUUCAUUUCCACUUACUUCUCCGACUAUAUCUUGGUUCCGGCCCGGUCAAAAGACCAGGUUAUCCACACUCUGUCGAGCCAAGGAUUCACAUUCGAGACCGACUCCGAUCAGUUUGUUAACAACUUCAACAUUCAGUCUCCCCCAACGCCGGGCCUACAGUCAUCAAUACAUAUUUCACCUCCAUCUACGCCUCCGCCAUCCACUGUAAACGAACUUCAAACUCGGACUUUUGAGUUUCUUCGAAAGAACCGGAUUAUCCCUCGUGUCGACCAGACUGUUCAAUUAGUGCAAUGUUCCGCCCAUCAUCGUGACGGUGACACCGAGUCCUCGGCUGCCAUUCUUCGGAAUGCACUCACAACUGCUCUCCUGGUCGAUCAUCCGCGGUUUUUGUCCCUGACUUUGACAUCCGCCGACCCAGCUGCAUCACUAUUACUGGAGAAGCGCUUACUGCCACGGUUCACGCUUGAUCCAAGCAUGCAUUCAGACGACGAAGAAAGCAGUAUCCUUCUCGGAUCCAAGGAAGACAUUCUAAUACCCAUUACUCUCGACCUGCGUGACGUACCUAUUGACGCUACCGGUAUUGUAUGCGGCGUCGCAGGCCGCCUCGCCGAUGCUACAGGCCACAAUCGCGAUCCUUUCCCAGGCGCUGCCAUGUCCAUCGUCAGUUCUCCCGCCAAUGAGUCUAAACGAUUCUCUUUUGGAUCUGCAAAUAUCGAUGAUCUCCAAUUAUCGGACAGCGUCAGCAGCUUGGCUCCAAGUACCUCUUCUGCCACCGGUCUAAAGGUCCCAGAGUAUACUUCUGACAUUCCCCCACCUGGUAUUGAGGCCUACCAUCCCGCAGUAUACGACCGAAGACCGUCCCAUGACGCCAACAGUACCACGAAAUCUACAUCCAUCCCACAUCAUCGCCUUGAACCGGAACAAUACGGCGAUGCUGUUGAGAUUAGUUUCUUAAGCACCGCCCGUGCCGGGACUGUUCUAGUCUGGGAACGUGAGAUCAACCUCGCCGUCCAAGCUCUUGAUGCCGAAAAAGCCCAACCCGCACCAACGGAUGCAGAGUAA